CUAUUCCAAUUCGUUCCUUAUCUUCUCCUUUAAGCUUUGAAGCUGCUUUCUGAGUUCGGACCUUCAUUUAGUUCCCACCUACCUGCAAUUUUUUUUUAGCUCACAAAACUUCUCUCCUAUCAAAAUAGCUGCGGAUACAGUCCGAAAAUGGCGGAUUUUUCUCACCUGGAGAAGAUGGGUAGAGAGCUCAAAUGCCCCAUAUGCUUGAGCCUGUUGAAUUCAGCAGUUUCUCUAACGUGCAAUCAUGUAUUCUGCAAUUCAUGUAUUGUGAAAUCAAUGAAGUCAGUUUCAAGUUGCCCAGUUUGUAAAGUGCCAUAUCGGCGGAGAGAGAUUCGCCCUGCUCCUAACAUGGAUAGCCUGGUAAGCAUAUACAAGAGCAUGGAAAUUGCUUCAGGAAUGAAUAUAUUUGUUACCCAGGCUGUGCCUUCAACUAAAGCAUCAGAUGGUCAGGACCAAUUGGAAGGGGAAAAUAACUCUGGUGGAGUGAAGACUGCUGAAGCUUCUAUAAAUCCAAAGAAGAAGAAAAAGUCGAAUGCAAAAAAUACAAAAGAAUUGCUUAAAGCUGGUGCCAGAGUUCCUGAUUCUAUGGUGAAACCUUCCUUUUCAGGAAAGAAAAGGGUUCAAGUACCGCCGCAUCUUCCGUUUGAUCCAUCUGAGACCCCCAUAAGGCCUGAAAAAUCUGGAGUGUUAUCUAAGUCUACAGAAAAGGGGCCUAAGGAGGACUCAAUCCUGUUACCGGAGAAGCCUGCAUUUAAUGAGAAGGGAGAACCGAUGUUUCCUCCUUUUUUUUGGGUGAGAGAGGGUGAUGACAAUGACGGUUGUAUUGAGAAAUUGAGUAGUCAACAAAUGGAAGGUGAUCACACCCAGGAUACACUGGGAAAGGCUCCUUGUUUUAGUGAUAUCAAGGAUUCAGAUGAUCAAAGCCCCAUUAAAAUGAUCAACACUGGGGAAGUGUGUAGUGCAACCAAAUUCACAGAUGCUUUUGAUAGUGAGAUGUUUGAAUGGACACAGAGAGCAUGCUCCCCUGAACUUUGUUCCACGCCAAUGAAGCAGGAUGUAGACAAGAGUGAACUGGAUGAAAUUCAGGAAGAUGAAAGUGAUGCAUUCCAACAUAUUUGGUCCAGACCUUCUAAAGCAGAUGACCCUGUUUCAGAAAAUGUGGAGGGUGUUAAUGUCAAUCAUAGAACUUCAAAUACUGAUGUGGAGUUGCCUAACUUGUACUCUAAAAUAAAAACUGCAAGUGAUCAAAGUAUGAGAAAUAACUCCACAAGGAGGGAUAAAGGAACCAAUGAAGGAGCCCUAUGCAAGCAUGUUAGGAAAACCAUGGAUGAAGUUAUGGAAGGAGUUCCUGUUAUUUCAAAUAAAAAUGAGAAUGCUCUGAGUCAGGCAUAUAAGGUCGAUGAUGGUAAUAGUCUAAACUUGGUUGGCAAGACUUUUAAAAGGAAUAAAAAGAAUAGCUCCGAUGCUAUUAAUAUGACAAAAGUACUAGAUACUUUUAUAUCAAUUGAAGAGAAUCAAGGGAGUAAGAAUAUGGAUGUGGAGUUGCCUGUUUCGUUGCGUGAGAAAUCUAAAAACAAUAAAAAUCUGAACUUGAAGAAUAAAGAUGGGAAAAGUGGUAGUAAUAUUAAUGCCCAGUGCCAGAAUGAUCGCCCUAAAAGAUCAAAAUGCCAAAAGGCAGAUAUUUCUGUGACCAAAGUGCUCAAAGAACUUCCCACAAAUCAAAACCCUGGAAACAAAAGUAUUGGUACCCAGUUUCUGGCUUCAUCUUCCCUAGAAAACAAUGUAGUGGCUCUUGGUUUUGGGGAGAAAAGCAGUGGAAGGUCCAGAAAGAUUAAAACCCAUCCUCUAAGGGAAAACGUGAGGAAGAGACUGAAAGUCUCCACCAAUUCUAGUUUACAGAAGCUAUUUGAAGUUCCACAUUCUUCUAAGGAGGCUGCUGAGAAGGGAACUAGAGCUUCUAGUGAUGAAGUAAAUUUUGAGAAUGGAACUGCUGAUAAUCAAGUAAGAACUGAGGGUGCUCUUUGUGCUGCUAAGGACAUGUUUUUGCAGAAAUGUGAGAGCAUCCCUGAUCGAAUCUGUUGUGCUUUUUGUCAUUGUUCUGAAGAUUCCGAGGCUUCGGGAGAGAUGUUGCAUUACUUCAAUGGCAGGCCUGUUGCUGCAGAUUACAAUGGAGGGUCUAAUGUUAUACAUUCACACAAGAAUUGCACUGAAUGGGCUCCUAAUAUAUACUUUGAAGAUGAUACUGCAAUCAAUCUUGAAGCUGAAUUGGCAAGAAGUAGAAGGAUUAAGUGCUGUUGCUGUGGAAUCAAGGGGGCAGCUCUUGGAUGCUAUGAGAAAAGCUGCCGCAAGAGCUUUCAUGUUCCCUGUGCAAAGUUGGUUCAGCAAUGCCGAUGGGAUACUGAAAACUUUGUCAUUCUCUGCCCCCUUCAUUCCUCUUCCAAACUGCCCAAUGAAUUUUCUCGACCUCAAGGGCUGAAGAGAAAGAGAUCAAAGAGAUCAAUCCUGAAAGGAGAGUCACAUGCCCGGCAAGCUGAAGUGGUAAUUAAACAUUCUUCUACUACAAGGCAGCCAUGGAGACACCUUGGAUGUAGCAAUUGGCUUAUUUGUUGCUCGGCUCUCACAGUUGCAGAGAAGGAAAUUGUUUCUGAAUUUGCGAAAUUGGCUGGGGUUUCGGUUUCUAAGACAUGGAGAUCCAAUGUGACCCAUGUCAUUGCUUCAACGGAUGAGAAUGGGGCUUGCAAGAGAACCUUUAAGGUUUUGAUGGGUAUCUUGGAAGGAAAAUGGAUAUUGAAGAUUGAUUGGAUAAUAGCUUGCAUGAAAGCUAUGGAGCCUGUUGACAAGGAACAAUAUGAAAUCAAUGUUGAUAUCCAUGGAGUCAGGGAUGGUCCUCGUCUGGGAAGGCUUCGAGUCUUGAACAAGCAUCCAAAGCUUUUCAAUGGGUUUAUGUUCUAUUUUACUGGAGAAUUUAUGCCUUCAUACAAGGGUUAUCUGCAAGACUUGGUUGUUGCUGCUGGAGGAACUGUUCUACAGAGGAAGCCCAUUUCAAGAGAUCAGGAAAGACUAUUGUGCGGGUCCUCUAAAUCUGAAAUCUUCAUAAUUUACAGUGUUGAUCUACCUGAUAAGUGUGAUCCUGGAAAGAAGACUAUGAUUUGUAAUCGCAGGCGAAGCGAUGCAGAGGUGCUGGCAAAUUCAACUGGAGCCAAGGUGGCAAGCAGUGCAUGGAUCUUGGACUCAAUUGCUGGCUGCAAGUGCAGAAAUUUCUAUAAUAAGCGUUUAUUAUUUUGAGGCCGAUGCCAUUGUUUAUUACAGAUCAACAUCCUUGUAAUGGUUCAUGCUUUGUGUAAAUAUAGUUCAUCCAACUUACUAGUGGCCUUGAAUCUUGCAAAAGACAUGAAUUUCUCUCCCUAAUUAUGAACUGUAAUAUAUAUCCAUCCAUUCAAGCAGAGAAAUAUGAACUGUUGUACCAUAGACAUUUGUUGCUUAAAUUCUUAUUCUGAGAAAUCAAAAGAAAAACUUUAAGGUUGUGUGCAUA